CCCGCCGUGGGGCUGUGGGUGGGGCGGCGGCCGCAGCUGUGGCAUUCGCGUUUGGGGCUGGAGAGAGGGCGAGAGGCUCGCCGGCCCCUGGGAGCCCAGUCGAGGCCCCAGGGCCGGGGGGGUUGGAGGAAGUCGCUCCGAGAGGCUCGCCACGGGCCGAACGAGAGACGGCCCUGGGAGCCGGCGUCCCGCCCCCGGCGGCCUCCUUCCCCGUCCCUCCUCCUGGGCUGCGCGCGGGCGGCCGCAGCUCUGUCUCGGGGGCUGCGGCGGGAACCGUCGAGCGGGCUGGACGGAACCCUCCCUCAGAGGACCCGCUGGAGGAGAAGAGGGAGCGCGGUGGGUCAGGCCGUCAGCUCAGAGGUCAGGCCUCGGGUCGCGCUCCGUGGUCCUCCGUCCUUCGCCCAGCCGUCUUGGCUAGAGUCCGCGCCCUCCCCGCGCCGCUCCAGCUUCUCUUUUGAGUAUGCCACCAAACCCUCUGGCAGGGUGAGCUUUUUUCCUCCUCGCUUUUGCCGGGAAGGAGAUAUAUAUUUAAAGGAUCCCCGUGCUCAUUGCUACCCCUGCCCUCUUAAAAGUUUGCCUUCGGUAGGAAUGCUUGUAUUCCUUCCCUGGACCAUUUGAUGAUUCCCACUCCAGCCGCGGCCUGAUUCAGUAACCGGAAUCACCUUCCGAUCAAAUCUUAAGAAUUAAUCACCUACAAAACUACUCUGCGGAGUUCUCUCCCGCGCAAGAAGGGCAAAUGGACUUUGGCGUUAAGAUGCAGGGGGGUGAACCAGUGUCAACGAUGAAAGUGUCUGAGAGCGAAGGCAAGCUGGAGGGCCUGGCCGCCGCGGUGACCCCGAACAAGAACAGCGGCAACAGCAGCUGUGGGGGUGGAGUCGGCGGCGGCGGCGGCGGUGGCGGCGGCGGCGGCCGCGGUGGCGGUGCGAAAGGCUGGCAGUACAGUGAUCACAUGGAAAAUGUAUAUGGCUACCUAAUGAAGUACACCAACCUUGUCACUGGGUGGCAAUACAGGUUUUUUGUUUUAAACAAUGAAGCUGGGUUAUUGGAGUACUUUGUGAAUGAGCAGUCUAGAAAUCAAAAGCCCAGAGGUACUUUGCAGCUUGCAGGAGCUGUAAUAUCACCUAGUGAUGAGGACUCUCACACCUUCACUGUAAAUGCUGCCAGUGGGGAACAGUAUAAACUCAGAGCCACAGAUGCUAAAGAACGACAACACUGGGUUAGCCGACUUCAGAUAUGUACACAGCAUCACACUGAAGCUAUUGGAAAGAAUAAUCCCCCUCUGAAAUCACGAAGCUUCUCACUUGCAUCUAGUGGUAAUUCUCCUAUAUCCCAGAGGAGACCAAGUCAAAAUGCCAUUUCUUUUUUUAAUGUUGGACAUUCCAAACUACAAUCAGUGAACAAAAGAGCUCACUUACCUCCAGACCAUCUUGUGGAAGUCAGAGAAUUGCAGCAUGCAUCACAUCAGAAGGGCUCAUUGUCUUCAGGAACGACAAUCGAGUGGUUAGAACCAAAGAUACCUUUAUCAAACCACUAUAAAAAUGGAGCUGACCAGCCUUUUGCAACUGAGCAAAGUAAACCAGUGGCGGUCCCAGAAGAGCAGUGUGUUGAAGAAUCUGGACCAUUAGCAAGGGAACCUGAAGAAAUCAAUGCAGAUGAUGAGGUAGAGGAUACAUGUGACAACAAGGAGGAUGACCUGGGAGCUGUGGAAGAACAACGUAGUGUCAUCCUGCAUCUCUUGUCACAGCUGAAGCUGGGCAUGGAUUUAACGAGAGUGGUGCUUCCUACGUUUAUCCUAGAGAAGCGUUCCUUGCUCGAAAUGUAUGCAGACUUUAUGUCUCAUCCAGACCUAUUUGUAGCCAUCACUAACGGAGCCACAGCUGAGGAUAGAAUGAUUCGUUUUGUUGAGUACUACCUUACCUCAUUUCAUGAAGGCCGUAAAGGAGCCAUUGCUAAGAAACCGUACAAUCCUAUCAUUGGAGAAACAUUUCACUGUUCCUGGAGGAUGCCAAAAAGGGAGGUGGCAUCCAGUGUUAGCAGCAGCUCUUCCACCCAGGCAGUCACAAAUCAUGCUCCUCUGUCGGAGGAGACUUUGAGCCAGGUGGAAUCAGACUGUUAUACAGUCAGAUUUGUUGCUGAGCAGGUUUCCCAUCAUCCUCCAGUCUCAGGAUUUUAUGCAGAAUGUGCGGAGAGGAAGAUGUGUGUAAAUGCGCAUGUCUGGACUAAGAGCAAAUUCUUAGGCAUGUCCAUAGGCGUGACAAUGGUUGGAGAAGGUAUCCUCAGUCUAUUGGAGCAUGGAGAAGAGUAUACAUUUUCUCUACCUUGUGCAUAUGCCCGGUCAAUUUUAACUGUUCCCUGGGUAGAACUGGGUGGUAAAGUCAGUGUCAACUGUGCAAAAACUGGGUAUUCAGCCAGCAUCACUUUUCAUACUAAGCCAUUUUAUGGUGGCAGACUACACCGGGUUACGGGUGAAGUAAAGCACAACAUCACCAAUACUGUGGUAUGCAGAGUGCAAGGCGAAUGGAAUAGUGUUCUUGAGUUCACUUACAGCAAUGGAGAGACAAAGUAUGUGGACUUGACUAAAUUGGCAGUAACAAAGAAAAGAGUAAGACCUCUGGAGAAGCAAGAUCCAUUUGAAUCCAGGCGAUUGUGGAAAAAUGUGACAGACUCUCUGAGGGAAUCUGAAAUUGAUAAAGCCACAGAGCAUAAACGUACCCUGGAAGAACGCCAGAGGACUGAAGAAAGGCAUCGAACUGAAACAGGCACACCCUGGAAAACCAAAUAUUUUAUUAAAGAGGGAGACGGCUGGGUUUACCAUAAACCCCUUUGGAAAAUAAUUCCAACAGCACAACCAGCAGAGUGAUACACACUAAGACUCGACCAAAUGAACUUCUUCUCUGUUUACCCUAAACCCUCCCAGAACGGAGUCAUUGCACUGAGUGACCUGCUUCCUGAUUGCACAGACUGAAUCUAGCUAAACACGAAUGUACCUAUUAAGGCACCGUAGAACUGCAGCAAGACCAAAGUGUUGAAGAAGCACGAUGGGCCUCUCACCAACCUGUUCAUGUGACACGAGCAAUAUCAUCUGAAAACCUUUCAUGGGAAUUAUUAGAUGAUUAAUCUUUUAUCCAGUCCCUGCUCCUAAAGUUAAGUUUGAACCCCUGUUUUUGCAUGGGGGCAGCAGAUACACACAACAGUGAGAACUCAGUGAUUUUGAUUUCUUUACAGUGAAAAGUGAAGUCUGUUGCAGAGUUUGUGCUUUGCUUUCUGUCAGGAACUGAAGUAUUCAAAGUAUUCACUACUCUUACAAACAAACUAAGAGGAGGACGAUGACCCAGAAGUGGAUUCAGCCAUUGUGCCUGAAAUCAGUGUUAAAAAAAAUCAACCAGGUUGUAGUAACAAGGCAUUCUGUUCCUUCAAAGAGACUGUGUGCCUGUGUCUGAGGAGCUUCUCCAUUAUCCACCUCUGUUGGAACUCUCUUUUAAAAAGUAUAUUUAUAAAUUGAUUAGAAUUAUAACCAUGGAGAAUUUUUUCUUCUGAGCAUUUUAAUAUACUUGAAAACAACAUUGACUUGAAAAAUUUCAGAACAUUUUUCAAUACCUAGUUUUAUUAAAUACUACACUUGAGAGACAAUUUUUUUAAAUGUGUUCAUGUUAAUAUGAUGAGAUUUUGGCCUUUCUCAAGAACUGAGGCAUUAAAAAACUUAGCAGACAUUAAAGAAUAAAACUGUUACUUUUUUCCUUACCUUUUUUUCACUUGUAGGUUAAUAUCCAGUAUUAUGUGCUAUCCCUCUGGAUAUGUAUGCUUCAUCUUACCUCUGUUCAUUCAAAUUUAAAACAACUAUUCAUAUUUGUCAGUAAUUCAGAAGUUAUGUAUGUGGCUGAGUGCAUGUAUGGUAUGGUUCUCUUUUCAAGGAAACUCAGAUGCUGAAAAAAGAAUAAGAAAAAGUUAUCAGGAAGUUGUAUUCAGGUACAAAUCUUUUUUUUAAUAAGUAUUUUAUUGAGGUUGAAGAAUUGCUGGCAAUUAAAAGGAUAGUGCUAAUUAUGGCUUUCAUCAUUCAUUCAAGUAUUUAUUGAGCACCUACUUAUGGUGCUCAACACUUGUUACUGCAAGCUACCUUAAUUUUCCAAGAGUGGUGCCUUACUCUGUUUCUUCUGAUGUGGUCUUCCAAUCAGUGUGUGUAACAUACCUGUUAUUCAUCAGCCAUGUAGGUGGCUGUAUCUCUUGCAUCAUCAUAAGAAGUUUAAGCUUUGUGCUCUGAUAAAUUGUGUUUUAUUGAAGGGGUUAAUAGGAUGAAAACAGCAAAACAAUUUUUUCAAGAAACUGUAAAUUAUAAGAAAAUAACUGGUUAUGUACAACCAUUUUAAUGAUUCCCUUGUUCAUUUUUGCUGUGAAAUGCACUGAAAAAUCUCAAAAUGAGUUAUAGUUCAUGUGUUGGGAAGAUUGACAAAUAAUAAAACUAGAGAA